AUGUCGAAAAGAGUCACCAUCUUCGAGCCCCCACCCCUCGAUAACAGCAAAGCUGCCAUUGAGAAUGUCCUUGAUCUAACCCCGAUCAGCGACAUUGGGCCUGAUGUCUUCACAAAUACCCGACCGUUAUGGCAUCCCCCCGGUGCGCGCGGCAUCUACGGCGGCGCCGUGAUCGCGCAAUGCCUCGCCGCGGCGCAGCGAACUGUACCUAAUAAUUUCUUCGUGCACAGCAUGCACUGCUAUUUUGUUCUCGCCGGUGACUCCGAGAUCCCAAUCGUAUACCAUGUCGAGCGCGUGCGCACCGGCCGCAGCUUCGCUACUAGAACCGUUCAAGCACGACAGCGUGGACGACCCAUUUUCACAACGACGCUGAGUUUUAAUGCUGCGCACAGUGGAGGGAAAAAGAGAUUAGAACAUGACUCGAAGAUGCCGAAUACACCACCUCCGAAGAAUACAUUAACCCCGCUUGAGGCGAAGAGUCCUUUUGAGUCCCAGAGAUUGGAUGAUCGUCUUUAUUCGACCUCGGACGAGGUGAAUAUAGAAGAUAAGAAAUUUCGCCAAUGGAUACGUAUCCGCGGCAAAAUCUCCGAAGAAGGCGGCCACCAAGCCCACCUUUCAGCAUUUGCAUACAUGUCUGAUAGUUAUUUCAUUGGAACCGUUGCUCGUCUGCACAAUAUUCCUCGGUUUUCGUCACCUACGGCCCUCCAGCGCGCUCUCAAGGCGCUCAAGAACCCGUCCGAUCUCGACAGCGAAGCAUUAUCGCGCUAUUUCGAGGAAUUGGCCGAAGAAGAGGCAGCAGAAAUCCGCGCGAGUUCUUUGAAUGGGACCUUAACUACCGAUAAAUUAUCGUCUAUUAUCAAGAGGAAAGAUAAUAAGGAGAUAGGCAUGAUGGUCAGUCUGGAUCAUACGAUUUAUUUUCAUAAUCCGCAGGCGCUCAAGGCGGAUGACUGGCUGUUGGCUAGUAUUGAUAGCCCCUGGGCUGGCGAGGGUCGAGGGUUGGUUACCCAGAGAGUUUGGAAUAGGGAUGGUGUGCAUGUGGCGACUUGUGUCCAGGAGGGCGUUGUCCGACUGACGCAAGAUGAAGAACCAGCGCCAGAGGCGAAAUUGUGA